GGGACACCCCGUUAUUGACAAUUAUAGCUUCCCAUGCAACUCUUUUGUGAAAGAGCAAAACUUUGUUCAGUGUACAUGUGCCUUAAACCGCAUGCUUAUGGACUUGACGCAACAUCAGAGCUGACGGGAUGAACGGAGAUCACUGACUAUCGCCGAUCGAGGAACUAGCGGAAUCACCCGGUACUUGCCGAGCGCGCGCUUAGGAUUGGGGAAUACCAAGGCAGCUCAUCCUUUCCUGCAAAGCCAUGUCGAACUUCCUCGUGGACAAUUUUACAAUCGAUGAAUACCUGCUACAGUUAGCCCACAUCGCGCAGGAUCGGGCACCACAUUAUGUGAAGCAAGAACAUUUACCGGACCAAAGUGAUCGAUACAUCAAAUGCAACACUUCAAAUAAGCAAACGUUGCAUAUAGAGCAAGAACUUAAUCAAGAAACCCGCCAAAGUUAUCUGGAUUGCAAUGUCAUCACCCCACAUGAACAUUUACUGGAGAUAGAACGUAAACCUCAAAUAGAAAAUGGUCAUGCUUAUUGGGAAAACAACGCGAACACUCUAGAUUAUCACACACCACAUAUAAAGCAAGAACCUUUAUCAGAUACUGACAAAUCGGAUUGGGAAACCCAGGUCAAUACUGCAGAACAGUUCCCACAUCAGAUAAAACAAAAACAUACAUGUACUAGCCAUAUCGAUUUCAUCAACCCGCAGCAGCAAGUAUUACAGAUUCAACAUAAAGCUGAAUCAUUUAAUGGCCAAGCAGAUUGGGAAAACCAUUUAAACACACCAGAGUAUCAAACUUUUCAUAUACAACAGCAGCAUAAACCAAACACUAGCCAAAGUGAUUGGGAAAUAAGUAUUAAUACUCAAUAUCAGCAGGCACUAGAGAUACAGCAAGUACAUAACCCCGAUAUAGGUCAAAGGGUUUGGGAAAUCGAUGCAAACACCGGAUAUCAGUCGCCACAACAGAUACAGCAAGAAAAUAAACCUUAUAGUGGCCAAAAUGUUUCGGGCGGAAAUGUUAACCCUAAAGAUUGGCUGCCACCUCUGAUAAAGCAAAAAUGUAAACAAUAUACUAGCGAAAUUGAUUGGGAAUUCAAUGUAAAAACUAUAGAACAAACGAAAUAUUUAAAGCAUGCUACUUCAUCAGAUACUAACGAAUCGGAUGUUAAUACACAUACUGACACACAGCAGCAGCACCUGAUAAAACGAAAGCAUAUUCCAAAUAAUUGCCGAACUAACAGGGACAUCAAUAUUACCACACGAUUUCAACACAUAUUACAGGUUGAGCAUAAACCUAAAUCCCACAAUGUUUACGCUGAUUUGGAAAACCACAACAAAACUCCAGAUCAUCAAACAAAAUAUAUUAAGCAAGAACCUCUACCAGCUACGGAAAAAUUCAUCUUUGAAACACAUGCCACCACCCAAACACAACAUAUAAAACAUAAACAAACAACAGAUAAAGCAGAGACUGAGAUGGAAGUCCAUGUCAACACUUCAAAUGAUCAAACGCUUUAUAUAAAGCCAGAACGUACAUCAGAUAAUAACGAGUCGGAGAUGGAGGACGAUGUCAACACUCCAGAUGAUCAAACCCAACAUAUAAAGCUAGUUCCUACAACAGAUAAUGACGGUCCGGAAACGAAAAACCAUAUCAAUACUCCAGGUGAUCAAACAAGACAUGUAAAGCAAGACAAUACAACAGAUACUGACGAUCAGGAGAUGGAAGACGAUGUCAAAACUCGAAAUGAUCAAUCAAUAUUUAUGAAGCCAGAACAUACAGCAGAUGCUGACGAAUGGGAGAUGGAAGGCGAUAUCUACACGCCAGGUGAUCAAACACUACAUAUUAAACAUGAACAUACAGCAGAUACUGACGAUCUGGAGAUGGAAGACGAUGCCAAUACUCCAGAUGAGAAAACACAACAUUUAAAGCAAGAAUCUACAGUAGAUACUGCCGAAACGGAGUUAAAAACCCAUUUCUACACUAGAGAUGAUCAAACUCUACAUAUAAAGCAAGAAUUUACAGCAGAUGAUGAAACACUACAUGUAAAGCAAGAACCAAUAGCAGAUACUGACGAUUCGGAUAUGAAAGACCAUGUCAAUACUCAAGAUUAUCUAACACUUCAUAUAAAGCCAGAAUGUACAGAAGAUUCUGACGAAUGGGAUAUGAAAUACCAUUUUAAUACUCCAGAUGAUAAAACACUGCAUGUAAAGCAAGAUCCACUAACAGAUACUGAUAUAUCGGAAAGGAAAAAUAAUGUCAAUACUACAAAACAUCUAUUGAAAGUUGAGAAAAAAAAUAAACAUAAUAGUCCUGAUCAGCAUAUUCUUCAGACAGAGCAAAUACAUAUACCAGAUUGGUGGAUAAACUAUGCCGUAACUCCACAUUAUCAAACUCUACGUUUGGAGCAAGAUCCGCUACCAGAAAAUGUCGAAUUAGAUUGGGGAACACACGUCAAAACUCCUGACAACCAUUCGCCAAAAAUAGAGCAGAAAACGCUUCCUCAUAAUGAUGAGGCCGAUUGGAACAUCCAUGCAUCUUUUCAUGAGCAGCAGUCGCUACAGAAAGAACCAAAACAUGUACCAGAAUCUGACACAACUUAUUGUAAAAACCAUGCAGAUACUUCAUAUCAUCAAACACUACAUAUAAAGCAAGAACAUCAACCAUAUACUGAAGAAUCGGUAUUGAAUAAGCAUGUCAGAUUCCUACAAAAACAGCCACAUAUGACAGACAAAAACAGCAAACCAGAUACUGGCCAUACUGAUAGAGAAUUCAAAUGCAAAAUUCCAUAUCACCGAGCAAUGCAUACAGUUCAGGAACCUAAACCAGACACUGACCUAUAUGAUUUAAAAAGCGAUGCAAACAUUGUUGUUAAGCCAUGUAUGUUCAACAAGGAAGAUGAUCUUACAGAAACAGUUACAUAUAAUAACGAAACAAGUGACAUAUCAUCAUUUCAAUCAACAAUACAUAUUAAGCAAGAACAUUUCCCAGUAUCGAAAGAAGACGAUGCUUAUGCAUUUACCCAUUCACUAUGUCCAGCAAAGCAAGAACCUUUAGCAGAAAUUUGCCAAGAAGUUACAGAAAAUAGCACAAUCACCCCAUCACCGUCUUCUCCUAAAUACCAGUGUAUUUUAGAACAAAUUCUCAUUGAUUGUGGGAUCACGAAAGAAUGUUCUCAAAUUCAAAUUGAAGAACAUGGCACGGAAGAAUCUUGUAAAAAUGGCAUAGAAGUCGGCGUAAUUAGUCAGGACCAGACGCAAAUUAUGACAAACACUCCAUUGUAUUCUCAACUGGAAAUCAAGCAUGCCUCUACAAUAGAACCGUACGGAAUUGAUGCACAAAUCUGUGUUAAUGCUAAACUGUGUCCUCCACUGUGGAUUACACAUGGCUCCAAAGGCAAUCCAAGUGAAAAUGGCUUAGAUAUCGAUGUAAACAGUAAAGAUCAUGCUAAAGAGGAGCCCAGGCGUAAUCAUCGAACAGAACUACUUUUUUCCAAAUAUGAACACCAUAGUGACUAUCUAAGACAGGCUUCAGAUAUGAGAUAUCCUUUAAGGAAAAAUAUUUACUCAGAAGAAAAUGAGGGUAACAAACAAGCUAAUGCUAAUAAUGGUGUUUGUGGGCAUGCUGUUUCGACAGAUGGCCUAGGGGAAGAAGCAAAAACUGAAACUGUUAAACCAAAACACAUAGCGUCAUGUGUAAAUCCCUUAAACAUCUGUAAACUAAAUACAAACCACUUAGGUGGGGCAAGCAAUAUGAGUGCAGAAACUAAUUUAGAAAUUGCAAAUACUUUAGACGGAACAGACAAAACAGACGAAAAAAGCAGUUUAAGAGGAGCAAGCAAUUUAGUUGUAACAAACAACCUAGGUGAAAGAAGCAAAUUAGGCGGAGUAAACAACUUAAGUGUAAUAAACAAUUUAGGCGAGGUAAACAACCAAGAUGGAGAAAGAAAUCUAGGCGGAGUAAACAACUUAGGUGGAGCAAGCAGUUUCGACGGAGCAACCAACCAAGAUGGAACAAAAAAUCUAGGCGGAGUAAACAACCUAGGUGGAGCAAGCAAUUUAGGCGGACUAAACAAUCUAGGUGGAGCAAGCAAUUUAGGCGGUGUAAACAACCUAAAAGGAGCAAGCAAUUUAGGCGGAGUAAACAACUUAAGUGAAGCAAGCAAUUUAGUCGGGGUAAACAACUUAAAUGAAGCAAGCAAUUUAGACGGUGUAUACAACCUCGGUGGGGCAAACAAUUUAGGGGGAGUUAACAACUUAAGUGAAGCAAGCAAUUUUUGCGGUGUAAACAACCUAGCUGGAGCAAGUAAUUUAGGCGGAGGAAAUAAUCUAGAUGGAGCAAGAACUCUUGGUGGAGUAAACAACCUAGGUGAAGGAAGCAAUUUAGGCGGAGUAAACAACCUAAGUGGGCAAAGCAAUUUAGGUGAAGCAAACGAUUUAGGCGGAGUCAAAAAUAUUAUGUCAGAUAGCGGGUCACCAAAAACGAUCCCUUCAGAUACACAAAGCAGAAAUUCCUCGACAGUUCGUCCACCAUUCUCUUCAUUUGGUUUUGAACGGAAAAGCCCGUUUAUUGGAAUAAACAAUUCAUUCGUCCUCGGUCCUUUUAGUGGAGCAACCCAUUUAGUUAGAGCACAACGCUUAGGGGAAACCAGCGGCUUAAAUGCAACAAACGGUUUAAAUGCAGAAAAUCGUUUGGUGGGAACAAUUGGCUUCAUAGAAGGAAAUAAUAAGGUUAGGUGUAGAUCAAAUAAUUCAGCUGAAUUAAGAGGAUCAAAUGAAACUGCAUCUGAAACAAGCAGUUUAUGUAGACCAUACUCGUCUUUAUCAGAUAGUUGUACAGGAAUUGUAAAAAGCAUAACGGAUAAAGAAGUUACAAUGAAUGAUUCAGUUUUUUCAAACAAAUCAGAUGAUUACCACACUGACUGGUCUAGUGAUAUUAGUGAUGAAAUAUUAAUUGAUUUUACCAAGAAAAAUUUACGUGCAGAAAACAAAGUCAAUGCAUUCGUUAAUGAUUUUCAAUCGUUAAAUACGGUGAAACGACAUGUAUGUUUGAAACCUCGAGGUUCAGAAUAUACAGUAAAACAACAUGUCACACACGAUUUGAAUGAUACUCUUGAUACAAAUUAUGAACUCGCAGUUCCGGCUACCAAUCUAUAUUUACAUUCAGCAAAAACUAUCGAAGAACCGGUUACCUACAAUUAUGAAGUUUUGGAGCAUAAUGCCAAAGGCUUUGUUACCAGUGACUCCACAGAUACAAACUAUGGUAUCAAACAAUCCGUGAAAGAUUACUCUUUAGGUGGAGCUCAUUUAGUCAAUAUACCUGUUUCUAGAUAUGGUAUGUUUCCAAUGGUUAUGCAAACCUAUGGUCAAGUGGGUGGUUUGACUCCACACUUUACUAUGCAGUAUGGUAAACCUCUAUAUUUGGCAGCUACUACAACUAACUCUGUACAAGAAAUUCGGGAACGCAAUACCAUACCAUUUGCAAUGGAGACGGUGCAAAAUCAAACGGGUGUGGAAAAGCGACGAUAUACUUGCACAACUUGCGACCGAUACUUCGUGAACCAUGAAUGCCUUAUAGCACACAUGAAGAUUCACUCGCAAUGUCCGGCUUUUCUCAAAUGUCAUGACUGUGGUGAGGAAUUCUCCAGCAGCAUAUACCUGAACCGGCACCGCAGUUAUGAACAUGCCGAUUCACAAUCGUUUGAGUGCCCCGAAUGCUACCAGAAGUUUCCACGAAAGGGUAACAUGAUGGUUCAUUACCGAAACCACCGCCGUGAGAGGAAAUUUAUCUGUGAAUUUUGUGGAAAAACAUUCGGCAAGAAAACCCAUCUCCUUCAACAUUUAAAAACCCACUCCAAUGUGAAACCCCUCCAAUGUGGGUUCUGCCAAAUGAGGUUUAAAAUGAAGAGUUCCUUGAAGCGGCAUAUAAUGAUCCACACUGGAGAGAAGCCAUACAAGUGUGACAUGUGCGACAUGGCCUUCCGACAAUCUAACAUUCUCAAGGGACAUCUGGAGACGCAUCGGAGACAUAUCAACUAUGUGUUGUAGUGAUGAUUAUAGUCACGUUCAUACUGAGUGACGUGUGUUACCAAUUCAAUUUUAGUGACGUUAACAAAAAGUAAUAAGUGGCAAGAGUAAAAGUACAAUGUGAAGUAGUACUAUGAGAUGAUAACGGCGUAUGAAUUCGUCAAAGUACAAGGAGAUUAUGCAAGCAAAUUUUUGUUUUGUCGGACAAAUAAAAAGGCGUUGCUAUGACCUCCAAAAAUAGUAUAAAAAUACCAUUUUUUUACUGUAUCGUGGCAUUAAUAAACUUGGUCAGCUUGACCCUGUAUAUUUCAUUGUUUUGUUAGUAUGUGGAUAGAGGAAAAUUAGAGAUAACAUCUUUUUACUUAUUUUUUUUUUGACAAUUAAUAUUGGAGUUAAAGAACAAAAUAAUGAAAAUACCAAUAUUGAUAAUGAUAUUUGCUGUUCAUCUGUGCCCAAUGGAUGGUUGUCAACUAAAGGUAGUCGAUAUAAGAAAAGCUGGGAAAAACAACCAAUACAGAUGAUAAGUAUCGGUUUAUAUGCCAGACACGAGGCUAAUGGCUAGUCGUUGUGGAUAUAUUUAUUGAUUGCUAAUACCUUUAAGGCAAAAGUUCGAAUCCCAUCGAUUUUAGUGAUAUUUAGUAAAAAUUUAUAUAAAACUGAUUUAGAAUGACGAAAUCCUUGUAUGGCAUUUUACUUGAAGUGUGACUUUGACAUUGAACCGAGCUGGUUGUGACAUGCGCUCUUGUGAUCAUUUGUAGGCAGGUAUUUAAAAAAAAUCCUUUAAGCGGUUCAAGAGAUAUCGAGCGAACACAAAUUGUCAAACGGAUGAACGGACGGCAGCAUAUGUGUGUUCCAGUAUUCCUCGUUUAGGUGGUUUUACCUUAUUUACAAUAGCCCCUAAGCCUGUAUUUCAUGUGAUUUUUUUUCAAUGGAAAACAAUAUUAAAUAAACUCCUAAGCCUAAUGGA